AUGACCGUUCAUUCAAAGAUUCACUAUUCACCUAGAGCCUUCGAGAAAGUGGGUAAGAAAAUCGGCUACAAUUCUCUAAGGGGUUUCAAGUCGACUUUCGGGCUCCGCCCACAAGUCUGUGCAGCAGUUUGGAUUCGCAUCAGGAAUGCCCAUGGGGCCAAACCAGAUCAUCUUCUAUGGGCACUUCUUUUCCUGAAGAAUUAUACUUCUCAAGACGAUUUAUCCGGUCGUGUCGGAUGCUGUCGCAAUACAUAUUCCAAAUGGACAUGGGCGAUGAUUGAGGAGAUCGCUGCGUUGUAUGACUCAGUGAUCGUUUGGCAGAACAGGAAGAAAGGUGGCAAAUUCAACAAAUGGUGCUGGAUCACCGUUGAUGGGACAGACUUUAUGAUCCAGCAACCCACGCCCUUCAGCAAAAAGUGGUACAGCCACAAGUUUAAGGGGCCUGGCCUUCGGUAUGAGGUGGCGAUUUCCAUCAUGGGCGGUAAUAUUGUCCAUACAAACGGACCAUUUCCAUGUGGUAGUUUUCCCGACAUCACUAUCUUUCGAAAUCAUUUGGUUGAUAGGUUGCAGAAAGGGGAAAUGGCCGAAGCCGACCUUGGUUAUCGCGGUGAACCCAGGAAGAUUAGACUCCCCUGUGAUUGGCAGACAGAAGUAGAGAAAGGACUGAAGACAAGGGCUAGAUCGAAGCAAGAAACUGUAAACAAGCGCUUCAAAAAUUGGGGUAUUUUGAAGCAGCAAUACCGCCAUCCCCUUCGUGACCAUCAGGUGGUGUUUCGAGCCAUCGUGGUUAUGACACAGCUGGAUAUCGAACUGGGUGCAUCUCUAUACAAAAUGUAA